UCCAUCCGCGCUCAACCACCUCAAUCCAUGAUCCAUCUAAACUUAAAUAGCCAAGCAAGGCAUAAGCUAGGUUUAACCCUUCCUGUUUGAGAUUCAAGCGUCUGGAUUUGUGUCUUUUAGUUUAGCAGCAUGUUACGCAGCGCUGCACUAGGACUUAAAUUUGGGUUGCUGCUAGCGACAAUCAUGGUGAGCUCCGCCAUGGCUGAUUCUGAUCAAGACAAAGAGGAGUGCACACAGCAACUGGUAGCACUAGCCACAUGUCUGCCUUAUGUCGGGGGAGAUGCCAAAGCUCCAACACCAGACUGCUGCAGUGGUCUUAAGCAAGUUCUCAAUAACAACAAGAAGUGUUUGUGCGUUAUAAUUAAAGAUAGAAAUGACCCUGACCUAGGUCUGAAUAUCAAUGUUACACUUGCUUUGGCUUUGCCUUCUGUUUGCAAUGCACCUGCUAAUGUUUCCAAGUGUCCUGAGCUUUUACACAUGGAUCCCAAUUCCCGAGAAGCUCAAGUUUUCUAUCAGCUUUCCAAGAGUUCCAAUGGUGGUGCCAACAACCCUGCUCCUAGUCCCACAGGAAAUUCCAUAAGUUCUAAAAGCGAGGGAGCAAAUAUUCCACAGAAGGGAGAUGGGUGUUGCAGUACUGGAAAGAGAUGGUUAAGAUUGGAGACUAUUACCGGAUGGACACUGCUUUGGAAUUUCGUGGGUUCCUAUUUGUUCAUAUAAAGACACACGCCAAACCGAGAUUAAUAUUGUUCAGUUCUCUCAAGGAGCUGUCUAGUUGAUUAAUUAUAUGUGCUGCUAGUAUUAUUUAUCUUUUGAGUGA